GGCGGCGGCGGCGGCGGCGGCGGCGGCGGAGACUGACGGUGGAGGUGGUCACCGCGGCGGGAAACGUCUAGCAGCGAUAAAAUCCGAUCGAAUCUUCGAGGUCGGUGCGCAUUCCCGUGACGUCGUCCGCGUAUUUUCGCGUAUUUUCGCACGUGCACAAGCGAGCGCAUCUCGAAUGAUGAAGCGCGCGCGCGCGCGCGCGACGGCUACUGCCACUUCCCGUUCUUAGCCGUCGACGAGCCUAAUUGGAGAGACGUUUGUCCGUGCCACAAGCUACAAAUUAGCGCGAGAAAGAUUGACGGUGGCGGUGGCGGUGGCGACGGCGACGGUGACGGCGACGGCGACGGCGUCAGGCGGCGUCGGUCGACCCCUUGUCGCGCGAGAAUCGAUAGUCUGCGUGAACGAAGGGCCGAUAAACGCCCCGUACGUACGGCUCGUCGACAUUACCACCCGCGACGUUUCGCCUUCGUCCAUGUCGCACCUCCAUGGAUAUUCUGACGCACGAGCGAGGAUACGCGUUCGCCGUGGCUCGCACGCUCAUGAAUACUCCACGAAACGGGCGAAGCGCGCGAUCGAACGAACCGGCGAAUGCGCGACGGUUAGGGCUGAGAGAUGGUCAGUCCGAUAAAUCAAUGGGCGGACGAAUGUUGGAUGACUGUUGGCGGAGGUCGGGCGAAGAGCGAUUGAUCAACGGACUCAACUGGCCAGGUAUAGCAGGAUUCGGAUCACGGGAGCAGGGCGAACGUCGACGUCGUCGGCUGAGAACACCGCGGAUCAUCCGCGAGCGUAACCCGCGAGCACAUCCUGUGAACACUCGAGCCGAGGAGACAGGUGUCCUCCGCAGCGAGGGAAACCCUCGUGCCGACACCGACACACGCGUUUCCGCGUCGCGAGAGCACGCGACGGACGUUCGUUUGCUCGACGCGCUCGCAGAUGUGCAGUUAUCAUCAUACACGCGACCUCUCUGCAACUGUUGAAGAACUACGGUCAUACAUUGCACGCUGCUUUACUGAAGUAUCGUUGGUUAAUUUUUGCCAAGUUUUCAGCACAAUAUUGUUACAGCGUCGAAAAAUCGCAUGACACUUGUGCGUCAAACAUUUUCGCUUCACAAAUUACAUAACAUUGUGAUAUUUUUGUACAUAGCUAUUGUAGUGAAACACAUACACACAUGUACUUUUAAA